ACACUCCACCUUUCCCUCCUAUAUAUAAUUAACAAUCCCUUUGCUUAUCUUCCCACUCUUCUUCACAUUCAUUUUUUCUCUCUGCAUUUACAAGUCAGAACCACCUGAGUUCUUGAAGCUACAACUGAGUUGAAGAUGAUGAGCAUGGGAGGAUCAAAGAGAAGGAUGGCAAGUAAAGGGCUUGGAGGAGUCCUCAAACAACAAAGGGCCAGGAUUUAUAUCAUUAAAAGAUGUGUAGUCAUGCUUCUUUGCUGGCAUGAAUGAAUUAGACUAGUGAUUUCUUGAUUUAGUCUAGCUACUUUUUUUUUUACAUAUGAUCAUCUCAGGCUCCUUUUUUCUCCAAGCUUGUUGGAGUAGUGUAAAUAGGGAGAUGAUGAUCAUGAUAGUCAAGAACAAGACUUCACAAUUUUGUGCCACUGGGCCUUAUGGCUUGAUGGCUAGCUUCAUGUAUACCAAAGAGUUUUUAGUGUUAUGAAUUUACCACUUCUACAA